AUGUUGGUCAAGUCCACUCACUUCCCAGGUGAGAUCUGUGGUACUAGAAACGGUUCUCCAUUGUUGUUCGGUGUCAAGACCGACAAGAAGUUGAAGGUUGACUUCGUUGAUGUCGAGGUCUCUGACAACCUGAGCAGCUUCCCAGUCUCUGAGAACCCACAAUUGAGAACCUCUCAAUCCAGAGCUUUCUUUGCCGAGGAUGGUGCUCCUUCUGCUGUCGAGUACUUCUUCUCCUCUGACCCAGCCUCUGUCGUUGAGCACACCAAGAAGGUCUUGUACUUGGAGGACAACGACAUUGCCCACAUUUACGACGGUGAGUUGCACAUUCACCGUGCUACCAAGCUUACUGGCGAGGAAUCUACUACCAGAAAGAUUCACGACUUGGACAUGGAAUUGAACGAGAUCAUGAAGGGUCCAUACAAGCACUUCAUGCAAAAGGAGAUUUUCGAGCAACCAGAGUCUACCUUUAACACCAUGAGAGGUAGAAUCGACUUCGAGAACAACACAGUCAAUUUGGGUGGUCUAGUAGGUGCCCUCAGUGGUAUCAAGAAGAGUAGAAGAAUGAUUAUGAUCGCUUGUGGUACUUCAUACCAUACUUGUUUGGCAACCAGAUCUAUCUUCGAGGAGUUGACCGAAAUGCCAGUCUCUGUUGAGUUGGCUUCCGACUUCUCAGACAGAAGAUGCCCAGUCUUCAGAGAUGACACCUGUAUUUUCGUUUCUCAAUCUGGUGAGACCGCAGACUCUUUGCAAGCUUUGAAAUACUGUAAAGAGAGAAAAGCCAUUACCCUCGGUGUUGUUAACGCUGUUGGUUCUUCUAUCUCCAGAGAUACUGAGUGUGGUGUCCACAUCAACGCUGGUCCUGAGAUCGGUGUUGCUUCCACCAAGGCUUACACCUCCCAAUAUAUUGCUUUGGUCAUGAUUGCACUUUUCUUGUCAAACGACUCUCUCUCUAAGAGACAACGUCACAUUGACAUCAUUCAAGGCUUGAAGAACAUUCCAGCUCAAAUCAAGGAGGUCUUGAAAUUGGAGGACAAAAUCAAGCAAUUGUGUAACGACUGGUUGAACAACCAGAAGUCUUUGUUGUUGUUGGGUCGUGGAUACCAAUUUGCAACUGCCUUGGAAGGUGCCUUGAAAAUUAAAGAAAUCUCAUACAUGCACUCUGAGGGUGUCUUGGCUGGUGAAUUGAAGCACGGUGUUUUGGCUUUGGUCGACGAGGAAUUGCCAAUCAUCGCUUUGGCUACUAGAGAUUCUUUGUUCCCUAAAGUCACCUCUUCCAUCAUGCAAGUCACUGCUAGAGGUGGUCGUCCAAUUAUUAUUUGCAACGAAGGUGAUGAUGUUGCCGCUGACAUGGCUUACGCUACUUUGAAGGUGCCUUUGACUGUCGACUGUUUGCAAGGCUUGUUGAACGUUGUGCCUUUGCAGUUGAUGAGUUACUGGUUGGCAGUCAACAGAGGAGUUGACGUCGACUUCCCUAGAAACUUGGCCAAGUCCGUGACCGUUGAGUAA